AUGGACGUCACCGAUGAUUUUAGUCCGUACAGGGCAGACGGCAAGCUCCAUGGCUUUGUUUGUGUGGUAACAGGGGCUUCCCAGCCUGUCAGCCAGGCCAUUAUUCAAGAGCUAGCAGCCCACGGAGCAGCUUGCAUAUACGCAUGCGACAGGACCGCCAGCUCAGAUUUAUAUAAAGAACUCGUUGAUAGAGUAGGGAAGGAAUCCCUAAGCUGCAAGGUCAUCCCGUACCCUUUCCACGUUGCCAAAGAAGAUGAGACACUCGUCCUGAUAGAUGAGGUCCUCAACGCCUUCGGGAGACUAGAUGUCUGGGUCUGCUCUUCUGGUCUUCUAGGACCCCCUUCGAUUGAAGCUACUACGCCAGACGACUUACAGAAAUGCUUCGAGGCUCAUUCGUUGGCACCUUUCUUCACAUUGAAGUACGCCCCUGCUGCGAUGGCUAAACUAACCGAGAAGAAGACGUAUCCGAAUGCUGCACCGAAAAGCCAAAAAUAUGGCAGUAUCAUUGUUAUCAGCAGCGUCGCAUCAGUUUAUGGUGGAUGCUGGGGGCCCUGUUACACUAUGACAUCCCACGCUGCUCUCGGUGUAGUGAAAGCAGGUGUCGCUAAUCUCAAAGGCACUGGAGUGAGAAUCAACUGUAUAUCUCCAGGUCAAAUCGACAUUGGCGUAGACCUCCAGGGGUCGAGAGAGCACACAAUGCCUCCCCAGCACCAGAUCCUGCCAAGCGCAGAUGAGGCCGUAGUAGAAUCAACAUGUCAGAAGUACAAUCUGACCAAGGCAGAGUUCAGCGAGCUGCAUAGCCGUUGUGUUGCGGCCAAGUCGACGGCUUAUUGCCCGUACAGCCAGUUCCGAGUCGGCUCGGCUAUCAUCUCUGUCGACGGCGUUUAUUUCAACGGAGCCAAUGUCGAGAAUGCCUCGUACCCGGUCGGCACAUGCGCCGAGCGCGUGGCUUUCGGCAAGGCGGUGACUGAGGGACAUCGGAAGAUUAAAGCGGUGGCUGUAGCCACUGACAUAACUCCCCCGGCUAGUCCGUGUGGGAUGUGUCGCCAGUUUAUUCGGGAAUUUUGCGAUCUUACGGCCCCAAUUAUCAUGUUCGACAAGGAUGAUAACUUUUCAGUGUUACGUCUUGAAGAGUUGUUACCCUUGUCUUUUGGACCUGAAGCACUCCCUCCGCUAGGAUCACGCUCUGUUUGA